AUUUUGUUUUAUCGAUUGGAAUCCAAUCUCUUAUUUUUGCUGAAUGCUGAGACACUUUGGUUGUGAAUACGCAGCCUUUCCGACAAGUUUUCUCCAUCUCCCUUCACCCCCGAAUUGACCAUGUCGGUCAUCAGCAAAGAAGUUUGGAAUUCAUUUUCUGUUCCUUUAAAGAAAUUCUUAAAAAAGUAUCCUCCAGAAACCGCCAAUACUUGGUCGACAAAGUCUGAUAGGAUAAAUCCUUUUUUGCCUACUCGAAACCCUCUAAACGGAGUUUUAAGAGACCCUGUAUACUCCAAUAGGCGCCAAGCUGAUAUCUAUAAGGAAGCAAAGUAUCACAGGCUGGAACAUUUAAUUCCCCAAGAGAUGACUUGGAAUAAAGACUCCAGCAGGCACAUUUUGAAGGGCGUUUUGUUUCCUAAAGGAAGAAUUGCUGAACGUAAGCGAGAAGAGACUUUACAGAAUAGGCAAAAGAAGCUCUCCGAGUCUAUGCAGAAGACUGAAAAAUUCAAAAAAGAUCGACAAAAACGAAAUGCCCAAUCUGAAGCUCCUCCAUUGUAAAUUGAAAAGAUCAAUUUACCAAUGUAUUGUCUCUCCUGUUAAGCAUCUGUGUUCUCAGUUUAUGCUGGUAGUUUCAAUGCCUUGAGUAUAUUGGUUCUAGUACCGAACCUGCUAUAAUGUCUAUGGUAUCAUAAUUCUUACUUUCUACUAUUUUCUAUAUUCCUUCAUAAUAAGCUUUUUAUGUGUAUAUUAAUUCAAUGGAGCAAAACUAUGUUUUCAUUCAAAUUAUGGGCCUUUACACUCCUUUUAUUAAAUAGGUUACGUAUAAAAUUUUA